GAGGACUUGGCUUUUAAAUUUUGGUUUGCAUACAAAAAGAUGUCUGGCGAAUACGACGACAACAUGUACGAGAGGUGUAACGGCAAUAUGGAUAUACUAAUGCUCUUCGCUGGUCUGUUCUCUGCCGUCAAUACCGCGUUCAUCAUCGCAAUGCAGCCCAAUCCCACUGAUACCACCAAUGAUCUUUUGGUACAAUUUAUGCAGAACACAUGGAACGGAUCUUCUGUCGCCCAGCCAGCCUUUUCGGCACCCGUCACUUACUCUUCUUCCAAAAUAUGGAUGCAGGUGCUUGCGUAUACGAGCCUUACAUUCAGUCUGCUUGCUGCCUUUGGCGCUGUCUUGGGCAAGCAAUGG